CUGGCUGGGAAGAACAUGGCCUGGUGGCCUGUGGGUGCCUCCCUGUUUGCCAGUAACAUUGGCAGUGGACAUUUUAUAGGCCUGGCAGGGUCAGGAGCCGCAGCAGGAAUCGGGGCCAUUGCAUAUGAAUGGAAUGGUAUGCUGAUGGUGCUCCUGCUGGGAUGGCUCUUCCUGCCCAUUUAUAUAGCCUCUGGGGUAACAACAAUGCCAGAAUACCUGCAGAGGCGAUUUGGUGGAAGGAGAACACAGUUAUUCAUAGCUGUCCUGUCCUUGUUUAUUUACAUUUUCACAAAGAUAUCGGUGGACAUGUAUGCUGGUGCAGUGUUUAUACAACUUGCCUUACAAUGGAAUAUCUACCUGGCUAUAGUGCUGCUGUUGUCAGUCACUGCUCUCUACACUGUAGCAGGUGGUCUGGCUGCAGUCAUCUACACAGAUGCUGCUCAAACUGCUAUCAUGCUAGCAGGAGCACUCACCCUCAUGGGCUUCAGCUUUGUGGAGGUUGGAGGCUGGAAUGCUCUGAUGGAGGGAUACGCCAACGCCAUCCCUUCCAUCCGUGUGCCCAACUCCACCUGUGGCAUCCCUCGAGAAGACGCCUUCCACAUAUUCAGGGACCCGGUGAACUCUGACCUGCCUUGGCCCGGGGUCAUCAUUGGCAUGUCCAUCCCCUCCAUGUGGUAUUGGUGCUCUGAUCAGGUGAUUGUGCAGCGCUCCCUGGCUGCUAAGACCCUGACCCAUGCUAAAGGAGGCUCACUACUGGCUGCUUAUCUAAAGAUUCUGCCUUUCUUUGCCAUUAUGCUGCCUGGCAUGAUCAGCAGGAUACUUUACACAGAUGAGGUGGCGUGUGCAGACCCUGAUCUGUGCAAACAGAUUUGUGGCAACUCAGUGGGUUGUUCAGAUAUCGCCUACGCCAAACUGGUCAUGGAACUGCUGCCUGCAGGAUUGAGGGGUCUGAUGAUGGCAGUGAUGAUUGCUGCCCUCAUGUCCUCUCUGACCUCCAUCUUCAACAGCGCCAGCACCAUUUUCACCAUGGACCUAUGGAAGAGUUUCAGACCCCAUGUGUCAGAGUGGGAGCUCAUGAUUGUGGGCAGGGUGUUUGUGCUCGUGCUUGUGGUGGUGUCUGUGCUGUGGAUUCCUGUAGUCCAGGCCAGCCAGGGGGGCCAGCUCUUUAUCUACAUCCAGUCCAUCAGCACCUACCUUCAACCCCCAGUGUCUGUUAUCUUUCUCAUGGGCUGCUUCUGGAAGAGGACCAAUGAGAAGGGUGCAUUUUGGGGCCUGACUAUUGGCCUGUUGGUGGGCUGCAUCCGCAUGUUGUUGGACUUCAUUUACCCUACACCCAUGUGCUAUGAGGAGGAUGACAGGCCUGCUGUCUUGAAAUAUGUCCAUUACCUCUACUUCUCCAUCCUGCUGUCCUUCCUCACCGUGGUUGUGGUGGUUGCAGUCAGUCUGGCCACAGAGGAGCCCAAACCGGAGCAGAUAAGUCGCCUUACCUGGUUCACAAGGUUUGACCCAGUGAAGCCCAAAGAGCACGUAUUCACAGUGGAGCAGAGCUGUAAGACCUUAGAGCUGACCACUGGCCAGAUGGAUGAGAUGGGAGUCACAGGAAGAGAACAAGAGACCAGAAAUGGAAAACCAUGUCAUAACCGGAAAGACUCAUCAUCCUCCCUGUCCAGCGUCCAAAGCCAGUCCAAGCUGAUGUCUGCCCUCUACUGGCUGUGUGGGAUGGAAAGACGCAAGGAGGGAGAGAACAAUCCUGUGACUCCUCCUGCACCUGAUCAGGCUAUCUGCUCUCUGGAAGAAAAGCCACGUCUGCGACUUGUUGUCAACGCCAACCUCAUCAUUUGCCUCUCUGUAUCCGCCUUCAUCAUUGGCUACUGGGCCUGACAGCCAUGGUAUGACACUCUUAAUGGACACGUGGUGUAUGGUUUGGGUAAAACAUUGUGUACAGAUUUAAGUAUUUGGUUUCACUGAGUGUAAGAAGAAACUUUACUUUCUUUGAAACACUAAUUU